UUGAAAUUGAAAACAUGCUAAGAAGUUGGCUGAUUAUUUUCAUCCUUUUCCCCCUGACACUCAUAGAGAAAUGUGAGUCCACGGUCAGUUUUACUGCUCCUUCCACUGUGACACUGGAAAAUGGAAAAUCAACCAAUGUCAGCAUCGAUCUUCAACACCCAUUAAACGAAACCUUGGUGAUCAAUAUUGAAAUCACAUUUUCUUCCAAAAAUGUUACCAUCCUUAAACUCCCCAAUGAAGUGGUAGUGCCUCCCAGAGUGACACACACCUUUUUUCAAGUGACAUCUGAAAAUGUUGGACAAAUUACCAUUUAUCUGCAUGGAAAUCAUUCCAACCAGACCAGCGCUAGGAUAAUCUUCUUAGUGAUCCACAGUAAUACCGUGAGCAUCAUUAACCAGGUGAUUGGUUGGAUUUACUUUGUGGCCUGGUCUGUCUCCUUCUACCCUCAAGUGAUCACAAACUGGAGGCGGAAAAGCGUUGUUGGCCUGAGUUUUGACUUUGUGGCCCUGAAUCUGAUGGGCUUUGUGGCAUACAGUGUGUUCAACAUCGGCCUUUUCUGGGUGCCCUACAUACAGGAGCAGUUUCUCCUCCAGCACCCCAACGGAGUAAACCCUGUGGACCACAAUGACGUCUUCUUUAGCCUGCAUGCUGUGGCCCUCACGUUAGUUAUUAUCGUGCAGUGUUUCCUGUAUGAGCGAGGCAAUCAGCGUGUCUCCCGGCCUGCCAUUGGCUUCCUGGUGCUCUCCUGGCUCUUCACGCUCAUCACCUUGAUUGUGGCAGCUGUUGGGGUAACCACAUGGCUGCAGUUUCUCUUCUGCUUCUCCUACAUCAAACUCGCAGUGACGCUGAUCAAGUAUUUUCCACAGGCUUACAUGAAUUUUAGCUACAAAAGCACAGAGGGCUGGAGCAUUGGCAAUGUGCUUCUGGACUUCAUCGGUGGCAGCUUCAGCCUCCUCCAGAUGUUCCUUCAGUCCUAUAAUAAUGACCAAUGGACACUGAUCUUUGGAGACCCAACCAAGUUUGGCCUUGGCAUCUUCACCAUAUUCUUCGAUAUUGUCUUCUUCAUCCAGCACUUCUGCUUAUACAGAAAGAAACCAGGGUAUGAGCAGUUAAACUAGCACCCAGAGACCCUGUGUAAACAGUCCAGUCCUGUGCCUUGGUGGGUAAGGCUCUAGUAGGAAGGCAGAAGAAGUGGUUCGGAGCCCAGGGCUGGGGUGUGGGCACUGGAAUAGCAUUCUCUUCCUCUGGACCAAGGCCUUAAAUAUACACCAGCCUGUCUUCCUCCAGGACACCCUACCAGGAGCCUUCCUCCUGACAGCUAACAAGCCCUCACUACUUCAGGCCUCUAGCCCUCCUACAUCUUGAUGCCCUCUGUCUUCUUUAAGGCAUCAGAAAGCACGCACAAGUGGGCAACCAUUCCAGGCAGGACUGGAAGCUGAGGUUGGAGCCAAAGACCUUGUCUCAAGCCACCAGUGCUGCUAGCAGCAACCUGAAAAACUGACCUUGAAGCUGGGAGAGUCAAAGAUGUUUGCUGUCACAGAGACAAAGCAGCCAGGUGCUGAAGCUGACGGACUCGGAGGUGCUGGUGGUGGUGGUGGUGUACUAGAAUUUGGGGGUUAAACCUUGAAGUCCCUUCUCUGAAGAGCACAUUCCACAUUCCUGACACUAACAGUUUCUAUGACUGCAAACCUAGGCGAGCAGUGUAGAACGUGGUACAGACAGUAUUGAGAUUGGAAUUACACAAUGGAUGAUUUCAGAACUAUACCUAUGCCCAACGCCUUCUGGAUCUUUAGCACACUAACCCCUUAUGGAAUUUUUUAAUUGGUUUGGUUUGGGUUUGUUUUUGGUUUUUUGCCACACCCAGCAGUGCUGGGAAACAAGGAUGAAACCCAGGGCUUCUAGGAACAGUGGAUGUAUUUCAGCCUUUUGAACUACCGGAUCUCCCCCAUCAUGUGAGUGCCUUAAUUUCUCUGCCUUCUUUGUCCCUCUACUUACCCAGAAUCCAAUGAUGAUGUGAACCUCUCCAGCUGCUCCUUCCAGCUGCAACUGCAGUAUAGUACACACAUACAUGCCCAGUCCAAUGCCUUAGUGUUUCAUCAGACCUGCCACUGGCAAAAAAAUAAAAACCUCCCAGAGGUGUGAACAGGCCCCCCAGACUCAAUUCCUCAGAGCCUUAAAUAAGGACUUAUAACCAACCAUCUUUUAGUCUCUUGAGCUAAACCCUGAUCCCUAAGCCCUCCCCUACCACCUAAGUACUCAUCCUUGUAGGAGCAGAAGGGAUGGAUCACAGGACAUGCCUCAGACCCGCCUUGAGUGGACCAUUCACUCUGGUACUUUUUUUAUGAGUUCAGUCUAAAUUAAACCUGGACUUUCUUCCUUUCUUCA